GGUUAGGUGGUUCGGCAGCCGCUGUGCUGUGGCAGUGAGUGGCCGGUGCGGGCGGCGAUGUGACGGGAAAGUUGUGGCAUUCUCCAGCGCGGGCACUGCCAGGCGGACUUCGCCACACAAACCCCCCCCGGGGGCCAGGGCUUGGAGACCGAGACAGCCAGCUCCUCGGCCGCAGCCAUCCAUCCAUCCAGCGGCUCCCCGGCUCGGCCAAUGCCAGCCAUGAUAGAGAAAGGGGCUGAGGUGUCGGGCAAACGGCGGGGCAGGAACACCGCGGCCAACACCAAAACUCUGACACCGAUUGGCAACGGUAACAACUCGUGGGAGGAGGGGGGGAGCAGCAGCUCCUCCAGCGAAGAGGAACACGGUGGUGGUGGCAUGCGAGUGGGGCUCCAGUACCAGGCGGUGGUGCCAGAAUAUGACCAGGAAGUUGCAAAAGCCUGCCAGGAGCGUGAGAACCCUGGCAUGUUGGUAUGGUCACCCAACCAGAAUCUCUCAGAGGCCAAAUUGGAUGAAUAUAUUUCGGUUGCAAAGGAAAAACAUGGAUAUAACAUGGAACAGGCACUUGGCAUGCUGUUCUGGCAUAAACACAAUAUUGAAAAAUCACUUGCAGAUUUGCCGAACUUUACACCAUUUCCAGAUGAAUGGACCGUCGAAGACAAGGUUUUAUUUGAGCAGGCAUUUAGCUUUCACGGGAAAACCUUUCAUAGAAUUCAACAAAUGCUUCCCGAUAAGUCCAUUGCUAGUCUGGUGAAGUUUUACUAUUCCUGGAAAAAAACUAGGUCUAAAACCAGUGUGAUGGAUCGCCAUGCUCGCAAACAGAAGCGUGAACGUGAAGGAAGUGGUGAUGAGAUAGAAGAAGCUAAUGGAACAAAUCCAGGAGCUGAAAUCGAGGUUGAACCACAGAAAGAACCCAAGAAAGAGAUUCCCAAAAAUGACACGGUCCCUCAUGUAAAAAAAGAAAAACACCCAUCCCAAGCAAAGAACAGAGCCAAGCGAAAACCACCAAAGGGAAUGUUUCUCUCCCAAGAAGACGUUGAAGCUGUUUCUGCAAAUUCCAACGCUGCCACAACUGUAUUGAGACAGCUGGACAUGGAGCUGGUUUCAAUAAAGCGACAGAUUCAAAAUAUCAAACAAACAAAUAGCGCUCUCAAGGAACAACUUCAGGGUGGAAUAGAUGAAUUCAGAAUUCCCGAGGUCAGCCAAAAGUUUAAUGCUAGAUGGACAACAGAGGAACAGCUUCUAGGAGUACAAGCAAUACGCAAAUAUGGACGUGAUUUCCAAGCCAUCUCUGAUGUAAUUGGAAACAAGUCAGUGGUUCAGGUGAAAAAUUUCUUUGUCAACUAUCGACGUCGCUUCAACAUUGAUCAAGUUUUACAAGAAUGGGAGGCUGAACAUGGAAAAUUUGAGGAAAAUGGGGAUAGCACACAGAAAACUAUAAAAAUGUCCGACACUGCUCUUAAAACAUCUGACGAAGAGGAAGAGGCCUCUGUACUUGAUGUGAGAUACACGGCAGCCUCAUGAAGAAAGAAAAGAGGGAACAAAAACAAAACUACAAAACACAAAAAACUUAAUGUUGACUACUUUAUUUGCCCAAGAAAUCAGGUAUUACCAAACCUCAGCCAAUCCAUCUGCAUCCUGUUUGUGGACAAGCAGCUAUUUACCAAAAAGGCAAAUACUUCUAGCCCUUUGUGAUAUCUGCCUUAAUCAUCUCUUAUUACCUACACACUGCUUCCACUCUCAUUCAAGAGGCCAGAGACUGAUUAUCUUCAUCAGCGUUCUCAGACUUUGGAACACGAAGAGCUACACUCUGUAAAUACACAGAUAAGCAUAUGGCACCCUUUGCUUCUGAGAUUGAGCCGCUACAAAAAGAGAAUGGUUAAACUUUACCGAGGCUGUAUGCAUGAACUUUGUGACCUUUGCUUUGGAUGUUGUGUUAGCGCUAGCAGAAUAUAUUUAAAAAAUCCUGUAUUGGGGCAGAUUUUUUUUUUUUCCCACCCCCAUUUUCUUCUUUUUAGAAAAAAAAAAACGUGCAUACAUUAAAAAAAAGUGACACUUACUUAAGAUGAGUGGUUAUAAAAGAGGAAAAAAAAAACCUAAAUGAAUGUGCUUUUUGUUUGUAUUUUCUGUAAAGUAUAAAAAUAAUUUGAUAUUUCUGCUUUUCAGGAAUCUAGUUCUAGCAAAUGUAUUCCCUUUAAUCUAUAUGACUCCCUACCUGCUUUGUUUAUCCAUCAUUUAAAAAUAAAUCCUUUUUAAAAUUCCGGUUGAGGCAGGGUAUUGAGUAAUCUGAUGGCUGCACAUUUUUCAUAGUUUACCUUAAUUUUUUUUUUUUUUUUUUUUUUUUAAAUGUACAGUUUUUAAAAUAUGGAACUUUGUUUAAAGAGCUGCUGUGCUGGUUGGUCUUUUAAAUUGGAAUGUAUUGUCCUGUCUGUUUUAAAAACUAAUAUCAUUACACUCUAAUGUGCAAUUUUGGGGUAACUGCAUUUUAAUUUAAAUAUUUUUUUUAAAGAUUUGAUGAAAAAGAUUUUGAACUGGAUGCAUCAUGUCAUUUCAUAGAACAGUUUUGAAAAGGAUGUUUCUUCAACAUUAUAGGGACACUCCAGGCACCAAAACAACUUACUCUAAAUUAAGUUGUGAUGGUGCCAGAAGGCCCCUGGAGUUAUUCUUACCUCGAGGUGUUUAACCCCAAAGUUGCCUACACCGACGAUAUCCAGCUCUCGGCUAAUCAGUGACUCCCCAUUCCCUAAUCUGACUUGAAAAGAAACCUACCUUUCUCAAGCCAGUCUAGUGAAAGGGGAGUCUUCAAUUGGCCAAAUCAGUGGCACCCCUCACAGUGGUACUCCACGCUUCCUGAAUCUAGAAAUUCAGAAGCCGGAUGCCGCCCGAGGGGAGUGAACAUCGCCACUGGAGAAAAACGUUGAGGUAAAACCAUUUGAGAACAUUUUAACCUCUUGAGGUAACUGUGCCUCCAGGGGCCCCCUAGCACAAGAACAACUUCAUUUAGAUGAAGUUGCAUUUGUGCCUGGAUUGUCCCAUUAAUUAUUUUAUUAAGGAGUGUGUGGUUGAGGAAUGAAAGGAAAAGUCAGUUUGUGUGUGCUGGAUUGGUGAGCGUUGCAUUACAGCCACGUCUCGUCCGGGCAGGUGAUCAGAUUUGUUACAAUAUGCAUGCUAAAUGCAGUGUCGUUUUAUGUGCCUUUCCCAUAUAACAAUGGUUAAAAUCCAAACUGGAAGAUGUUUUCAAGGUGUGGGUUUUGUUUUUUGUAAACCUAUAAAGCAGAUUUGUCACAAUUGUGAUAAGUGAGUAUUUUUGAAUCCAGCCAAUAAAAGUAGCUAUUAAUUA